UUAUGAUCAGUUGAUCACCAAUUCUGCUGAAUAUAUAGAAAAAAACACCUGGAUCAGUUUAUAUGAAGUGAUGAUAGAUGUUGAUGAUAUAUAUAGAUAUAGGGUACUUUAGUAAUUCUGUACUGAAUAGCCAAGAACCCACUGUGAAGGGCAAGUUAAUCUUAACCUCAUGUUGUGCUUUCCUGCAAAGCAGCUUGUCUACUCUGCUGCUGCAAGUAGGGGCAGUAUUGUAAUUUGGAAGUUACUGAGUAACAUUCCCUCCGUGCCUUUUAAAUAGCUUGUGAUGAUAGCUUGUGUGUGUAGUCCUCAUCUUUCUGACUCUGGUUUCUGGUACUUUCCCACCUCUCUCAUUCUCUCAGCAAUGGAAGAUCAAGUUGGAGACGCAAACAAUCCAAGCCAUGGUUCGGAGAGAACUGAACCAGUGAGGUCAAGGUGGACCCCGAAGCCCGAGCAGAUCUUGAUACUUGAGUCUAUCUUCAACAGUGGGAUGGUCAACCCACCCAAAGAUGAAACAGUGAGGAUAAGAAAAUUACUUGAGAAAUUCGGCACAGUUGGGGAUGCAAAUGUCUUCUACUGGUUCCAGAACCGGCGAUCCAGGUCCCGCCGUCGGCAGAGGCAGAUACAAGCUGGGUUGGCAGGCGAUCCACGAAUUCCGGGUCGAGCUACUGGUGCAAUUCAAUAUGAACCAACUUCUACUAGUGCAUGUUUUGCUGCCUCCUCUUCUCCUACUUUCUCUUCAUUUCCAUCUUCUUCUUCUUCAUCAUCUUCUUCUUCUUCUUCUCUUGUUGGUUCUUCUUCGUCUUCAUGUGGAGGUGAUGGUGUUGAUGACCUCUUCGCCAUUUCUCGUCAAAUGGGUGUGCCGGAGACUGAGCAAAGCCCUACUGUUGAUUCGAUCUUGUGCCCUUCAGACACCCCAAAUUUUCACUAUCAAUCUGGUUUGAUAACUGUGUUCAUCAAUGGAAUUCCUACUGAGGUUCCAAGAGGACCACUGGACCUCAGAUCAAUAUUUGGUGAAGAUGUAAUGUUGGUGCAUUCUUCUGGAGUGCCGGUUCCUUUCAAUGAGUACGGAGUUUCAACUCAGAGCUUGCAAAUGGGUGAAACCUAUUUCUUGGUACCGAGACAAAUUUAAAGAUGUCAAGUUGCACCCACCAAUAGGAUCGAUCUUCCUCGUCAAUUUGGAUUGGAGAUAAAUAGCAGGAUUCUAAGAUUACAAUGAGUGCACCUUGUGACUAUCAUUUAUCCUUCUUUGGUCUUUUAUUUUCCUUACCCCUUUUAUCAGUUAACUUGUUUCUUCCAGAGGAACAAUAUGCUCUCAUUGUCGCAGGAGAUAUCGUACAGGGCUUCCAUAUAAAGUCCUGCACAGAUGAUAUAUCAAUGUUGUGCUAAAAAUGAAUCAUAUAUAUUUAGUUGUUAGCUAGAUGAAGACGCAGUUGUUUGGUUCCUAAUUAUGAUUUCUUUAUAGCUCUUUAGUUUGAGCUCUUCUCAUAGAAAACCCAUUUUAUCUUUGAAGUUGAUGAAACUCCGGUAUCAAUAAAUUAAAAUGGUUCUCAUUA